CCUCACCUCGAAUGAUUCUAUUUUUGGAGACAAAAAGUGGAACCGGAGUCCGCAAUGCAAUUCCAAUUUAUUUUUAUUUUUAUUGGGAUGGGAAUCGGGAUUCGUUUUUUUUUCUUUUCAAUUUCAUUGUUUCUUUCUUGCAAUCCUUAGCGGUGACAAACUGUUGCUUCUAGCUGCCGUCUUCUUGUAGACGGGACAUAUCACUAGCAGCAUUUCGUUUCUUUUGGUGCUCUUCUUUCCUUAUGGCAGCCUCGAACUGAUCUUCUUACUAGGUUAUAUACAUCAUAAUCAUCGAAGUAUAAGAUCAUAGUCUUACUGUUAUCUCUCGCACCAAAUUCACUUCAAUUUGUCGAAAUUUCAACAUUUAUAUCCAGUAUUUACCAGGAUCCUCUGAUUCAAGUAAGUGCGGGCUCUCUUGCUUUACUUUUUCUCAUAUUUACGGAUUCGUUUUCUUGAAUUUUCAGCACAGAUAUGGCUGGGAAGGUUGUGGGAAAUCAAUCAAAAUCUUUCCUUGGCUUUGAGAUUGUUGAGGGUGAAUCGGAGAGCUCAUCGGUUGAUCCCUCGUUGAACAUCAAACUUCGUCAUAGAAUUGGAAGGGGUGUGUUUGGUGAUGUUUGGUUAGGGACUCAUAAGCAAAGUGAUGGGGAUCAUGAAGUAGCUGUUAAGAUUUUGCAUCCCAUAAACAGGGAGGAUAUGAAUGUUGUACGGAGUCGGCUGGAAAAUUUGUUUGCUCAAUGUAAAGACCUGGGAAAUGUUUGCCAUACUCAAGGAGUAUAUGUCAUCAGUGGGAGGUUAUGCAUAAUUAUGAAGUUCUAUGAAGGCUCAGUUGGUGACAAAAUGGCUCACAUGAAAGGGGGGAAGCUACCCUUGAAGGAUGUUAUAAGGUACGGGACUGAACUUGCACAAGGAAUCAUGAAGCUGCAUUCGAAGGGUUUUUUAGUCCUAAACCUCAAGCCAUGCAACUUCCUUUUGAACGAGAAAGAUCUAGCACUUUUGGGAGAUAUGGGAAUUUCUUAUAUGUUGCGGGGAGUAUCUUUGUUUGGUUCUGAUAGGACUCGAAGACUCGGGACCCCAAACUACAUGGCCCCAGAACAAUGGGAACCAGAGAUAAGAGGUCCCAUAUCUUUUGAGACAGACUCGUGGGGGUUUGGUUGCAGUAUAGUGGAGAUGUUGACUGGUGUUCAGCCUUGGGUUGGUAAGUCAGUUGAGGAAAUAUAUAAAUAUGUGGUUCUGAGACAGGAGAAACCCUAUAUUCCCGCUGGUCUCCCUCCUGCAGUUGAAAAUGUCCUUGUUGGCUGUUUUGAGUGGGAUUUCAGAAACCGUCCUCUCAUGGAAGGCAUAUUGCUUGCAUUUAGAAGCUCACAGAGUGCCACUGAUAGUGAUGGAGACUGGACUGAUCUUGGGAAUGCAAUAACAUUGGGGAACUCCAAAUCUGUCAGAUAUAGUGAGUGGUUUCUUCUGAAGGACCAGCUUCAAAUGGGAGACGUUGUCAGGUCCAGAAAACCUCCAAAUUCAUGCAAACCUGAAAGUAUGGAGAUUCCGGAAGGCACCAUAGUAGGAAUGCAGAAUGAGACAGAGAGAAACGGAUUUUUUUUGGUAAGGGUACAUGGGAUGCAUGACCCGUUAAGAGUUCACCGAUCCACGCUGGAGCGAGUCAGUUUCGGUUUUUCAGUCGGGGAUUGGGUGCGUCUGAAGGAACAUUACGGAAAGAAUCAUUCACCCGUGGGUAUUCUUCACCGCAUCGAUAGGAGCGGUGAUGUCACUGUGGCGUUCAUAGGACUGGACACUUUCUGGAAGGGUGUGUACACAGAACUUCAGAUGUCAGAAGCUUAUUGUGUUGGCCAAUUUGUAAAGGUGAAGUCCGACGUCUUUAGCCCUCGGUUUGAAUGGCCACCCAGGAAGAGAGGCUGUGAGUGGGCCGCAGGCAGGAUUUGCAAAGUGCUGCCGAAUGGUUGUCUUUCAGUUAAUUUUCCAGGCAGGUUGACAUUCGGGGAGGAAGGUAACAACUUCUUGGCUGAUCCAGCUGAGGUUGAACUUGUUUCUUUUACUACUUGUCCGGGCAUGGUGAAAAAAUACCAACACCUUGAGGAUUUUCACUGGGCCAUAAGACCAAUCGUUAUUGCAUUGGGCUUAUUCACAGCCAUGAAGAUGGGGAUUUUCAUUGGGAAGAAGGUUGGGGGAUCAAAGUGUAGGAUGCGAUGCAAUGCUGUAAAAGAACAAGGUGGGCCUCAACCUGGAGAAGGAAAGACAGCUGGCACUGCAUGGCUACCUCCAAAGAUGGCUAACGUUAUAUUCAGAGAGGGUGCUGGGCCCACAACUUCUCGGUAGUCCGUCUCGAGAUGAAUGUGGGUUGUGAAGGUUCAGGUUUGUGCAUUGAAUAUGAACUUAUCCUAGUAGCGCUAUGUAGGGGUGAAAUUUGUGAAGUAUGCUGUAAAUUUGUGAAGUAUGCUUUCUCUUGCCACUAGCUAUAUGUCUCCGGUUCACACUGAAUUACUGAAAUAACAAACUUCCUAGACACUGGACCCAGCUUCUUGAGCUAUCUCCAUGACAUUAUCUCAGACCUUUGUAAAUAUGGGGUGAUUGAAUUCCAGUUCGAAUACUAGUCCCAAUACUUUGACAUGUGUAUGACUAAAUCUAAGAUAAUGGAAAAAAUGUUGCCUCUUCUAUACAAUGCCUAUAUUAAACUUUG